AUGUAUUUGGACAAGCAAAUUGAAAGUUAUAUCUAUAAUACAGGACAUAUUAUAGGAAAAGGUAGUUUUGGGUGCGUUUAUAGAGGGAUCGAUCAAAAUAAUUAAAAAGAGGUAGCCAUAAAAGUUGUCAAAAAGGCAAAGUUGUAAGGGUAAAAUAAAUAAUUAUUUAAGAGAAUCAUAUUCAUUGAAGGCUUUAAUAAAUGAAAUGACAAUUUUGAAAAAACUACGUUCAAAAAAUAUAGUAAGAUUGUUGGAUAUUUGUGAAAGUCAGUCAAAUUAUUACUUGAUAUAAGAACUUUGUAGAUAGGGGGAUUUGAAAAGGAUUUUAAAACAAAAAUAGCUUGAAGAAUAAGAAGCAAUUAGAAUUUUACAUGAUAUUCUUUCUGGAUACUAAAUUUUAUUAAAGAAUGAGAUUGUACAUAGAGACAUCAAACCUGCUAACAUAUUAAAUUGCAAUGGAAUAUAUAAACUUGGAGAUUUUGGAUUAGCAACUCAAUUAUAGAAAUAGAUGAUGUUGAAUUCACGUGUUGGAACACCAUUAUAUAUGAGUCCAUAAGUUUAAUAAAAUAGUAAUUAUUCGAAUAAAUGUGAUAUAUGGUCAAUUGGUAUUCUAUUUUAUGAAUGCUUGUAUGGUGCAAGUAAAUUAAUUUAUAAUGAUUAGCACCUUGGUUUCAUGAAAAAUCUUAGAAAAUAUUAAAAAAUAUUUAUGAACAACCUCUUUCAUUUCCAUCAACACCAUUUGUUAGUGAUAUCAGCAAAUCAUUCAUUAAAAAAUGUUUAGAAAUAAAUGAAGAAGAUAGAAUAGAUUGGAUAGAUAUUUACAAUCAUAACUUAUUUAGAUAAAUUCCAUUUAAAAUCUAAGGUUGUAAUCCUCAAUUAAUUGUCACAAAAAUUAGAAACAUUAUAAAAACAAGAUAAUUAAACAUAAAUUAAUUAAUUUAAAAUAGUACACAGCAAAAGAAAUUGAAAAUUAGUGAUCUUGAAUUAUUUUUAUAAUCUAUAGAUUAACAAUUUACAUCAGAAGAUGCUGAAUAGGUUUUUGAUAAAUUAAAUCAUAAAAAUGAAGAUUCUAUUCCAUUUGAGUGUUUAUUAUUAUGGUUCAGUUAAAAUGAUGUAAAUAGAUUAAAUAUAAUAAUAGAUAAUCUCACCUUAAGCUUAAGAUAAUGGUUCUCUUCUUUUAACAUAAAAUGAUUAAUCCAUAGUUAAUAACCUAUUAAAUUCAUUAAGUAUUCAAAUUAGAUUAAAUUCGAUUUCAAUAAUUGAAAUAUUGAAAGAUGUAAUUUAUAAUAAUAAUCAUUUAGCUUAAUGUUCAUGAUGAUGAAGAAAUAACUCUAAGUAAAUUCGAACAAAUUUUGUUUAAAAUUGAUACUUAAUUAUCCAGAGCUGAUAUAAUUACAUUUUUUAGAAAAAUUAAUGAGGAAAACUUAAAAAGUAUAAAAAAAGAAGAAAUUUUAAAAAUUUUUUAUGAAGAAUCAGAAUUAGAUGAUGCUGAUCAUGAUGAUUUUUCAAUUUCACCAGUACACAUACCAAUAUAAGGACCUGGUUAAAAAUUGUUAUCCUUUAAGAAUUUAGAAAGAUUAUCUUGA